CGGUCAGCCAAUAACGGGCGCCAUUUCGGGCUAUGCCGCCUUCUUGUCACCUGACAGAUGCGGCGUGUGCACUGGGCGGUGCUGACAGACGGGGAACGAGAUAAGGGAGAUGGAAUAAUUCUUUGGUGUGACUGAGUAUGGGGCAAGUUUGCAUUUGUAUGUGUAUGCAUGCGUGUGAGUGGUGGGGAUUAUUUGUAAUUUCACUUUCCUCCCUUUCCUGUGGUUAUUCUCCGAUGUUGGCUUACAUCUGAAUUUGGCAGGAGGUUAUUUCAAAUUGAUACUGUUUGCACCAGGCAAGUGCUCGUUCUGGAUACCGGGGCUACUGUUAAGGAGUUUUGAACUGGGGAUCUGAGCUCGUGAACAGUGCUGACCGAACGGCACGAGCUGUUACUGUUGGGAACGUGCUUGUGAAAAGGCUUCGUUUUGAACAUCGAACGACUGGGACUACUGCGGCUCCAUUUGUGCGGGCUUGUCUUUCAUAUAUGUUCACCGGUAAAUGCUUUCCGUGGCUGGGACCCGGCUCGAUAGAAGGGAACUGUUUUUUUUCGUAUUCACAAGCAUGAUUGAUGGAAAAUAUUUAAUUUUAAGGAUGAACUUCUGAACAAUUCAUGGAAGUUCUGGAAUGAAAGGAGCAUUAACGCUACUGUUAAGCACCAUACGGAAAACUGACAGUGUUGCAUUUUUCCUUCCUGCAAUGUGCCGUCUACUGGUUGCAUCUCCAAGGCAUUUCUUGGCGAUACAGUAAUUAAAGGGUUAUUUCUUCAAAACCGAAACUUUUUUUUCUCGAGUUACCGAUUGUUUACAGCAUGGGAGAUAUGACUAAUAAUUCGGUUGUAUAUAGUGGCAUUAAAAAUUCAGUAACUGAAUGCAGUCAUGAUGGAGAAUUUGGAAUCACAGUUAAGGACCUGCGCAGUCUCAUGGAACUUAGAUCAACAGAGGCAUUAGAGAAAAUUCAGGAACUUUAUGGUGAUGUCCAGGGAAUUUGCACAAGGUUAAAAACCUCUCCAGUUGAAGGUUUAAGUGGCAAUCCGGCAGAUAUUGAAAAAAGAAAAGAAGUGUUUGGACAGAAUGUUAUACCUCCUAAAAAGCCAAAAACAUUUCUUCAGUUAGUAUGGGAAGCAUUACAGGAUGUGACUUUAAUUAUUUUAGAGAUCGCAGCUAUAAUAUCAUUAGGUUUGUCAUUCUACCAUCCUCCUGGAGGAAAUGAAUCAACGUGUGGAGCAGCGGGUGGAGCUGAAGAUGAAGGUGAAAGUCAAGCUGGGUGGAUUGAAGGAGUUGCAAUACUUUUGUCAGUUGUCUGUGUAGUGUUAGUAACUGCUUUUAAUGACUGGAGUAAGGAGAAACAGUUUAGGGGACUACAGAGUCGCAUUGAACAAGAACAGAGGUUCUCCGUCAUCAGAAGUGGUCAAGUCAUCCAAAUUCCUGUGGCAGAAAUAGUCGUAGGUGACAUUGCACAAGUUAAAUAUGGUGACCUUUUGCCUGCUGAUGGAGUCCUCAUCCAAGGAAAUGACCUGAAAAUAGACGAAAGUUCUCUUACUGGGGAGUCUGAUCAUGUAAAGAAGAAUUUAGACAGGGAUCCGUUGUUGUUGUCAGGCACCCAUGUAAUGGAAGGUUCUGGGAGAAUGGUCGUCACUGCUGUAGGUGUGAAUUCGCAGACUGGAAUCAUCUUCACUUUACUUGGUGCUGGUGGUGAAGAAGAAGAGAAAGAAAAGGAAAAAGAAAAGAAAGAGAAAAAGGAAAAGAAAAACAAAAAACAAGAUGGCACAGUUGAAAAUCGCAACAAAGCAAAAGCUCAAGAUGGUGCAGCUAUGGAAAUGCAGCCUUUGAAAAGUGAAGAAGGGGGAGAUGAAGCAAAAGAGAAGAAAUCACAUAUGCCAAAGAAAGAAAAAUCUGUUCUUCAGGGAAAGCUGACAAAAUUAGCUGUUCAGAUUGGGAAAGCAGGGUUAAUAGCAUCUGCCCUCACUGUGAUUAUUCUUGUGCUGUAUUUUGUGAUUAAUACCUUUUGGAUCCAAAAACAACCUUGGCUUACUGAGUGCACACCAGUUUAUAUCCAGUACUUUGUGAAAUUCUUCAUCAUUGGCGUGACAGUACUUGUGGUAGCUGUUCCGGAGGGUCUUCCCCUUGCAGUCACUAUUUCAUUGGCUUAUUCUGUGAAGAAAAUGAUGUAUGACAAUAACUUGGUGAGACAUUUGGAUGCAUGUGAAACAAUGGGCAAUGCUACUGCAAUUUGCUCUGAUAAAACAGGAACCCUUACUAUGAACAGAAUGACUGUUGUCCAAGUAUACAUUGGUGGAAAGCACUAUAAAAAGCUUCCUGUGCCUGAAGACAUCAAUGAACGUACACUAGAUCUGCUUGUGACAGGAAUUGCUGUUAACUCUGGUUAUACUUCAAAAAUUCUGUCUCCAGAGAAAGAAGGUGGGCUACCACGCCAUGUUGGCAACAAGACUGAAUGUGCCUUGUUGGGAUUUGUUUUUGAUUUGGGCCGGGACUAUCAAGCAAUACGAAAUGAUGUUCCUGAAGAAAAACUUUUCAAAGUUUAUACCUUUAACUCUGUCAGAAAAUCCAUGAGCACAGUCUUGAAGAAUUAUGAUGGUACUUACCAGAUGUUCAGCAAGGGUGCUUCAGAAAUUCUCCUUAAAAAGUGCUAUAAAAUCCUUAAUGCAAAUGGAGAAGCAAAUGUAUUCAGACCACGAGAUCGGGACGACAUGGUAAAGAAAGUAAUAGAACCUAUGGCUUCUGAAGGGCUACGCACUAUCUGUCUGGCAUUCAGAAACUUUCCUGCUGGAGAACCAGAGCCAGACUGGGAGAAUGAAAAUGAGAUUAUUACUGGCCUUACCUGUAUUGGUGUUGUCGGUAUUGAGGAUCCUGUUAGGCCUGAGGUGCCUGAAGCUAUUAGAAAAUGCCAGCGUGCUGGUAUCACUGUACGUAUGGUGACUGGUGACAACAUCAAUACUGCUCGAGCAAUUGCAACAAAAUGUGGUAUCCUUAUUCCAGGAGAUGACUUCUUGUGCCUAGAGGGUAAAGAAUUCAACAGAAGAAUUCGAAAUGAGAAAGGAGAGGUAUUAUUGACAGCACCAUCUAUGAACAAAGGCAGGUUGUAGCCGUAACUGGUGAUGGCACAAAUGAUGGCCCUGCACUAAAGAAGGCUGAUGUUGGAUUUGCUAUGGGAAUUGCUGGAACAGAUGUUGCAAAAGAAGCUUCAGACAUCAUUCUUACUGAUGACAACUUCUCAAGUAUUGUCAAAGCAGUCAUGUGGGGCCGAAAUGUGUAUGACAGCAUUUCCAAGUUUCUUCAAUUCCAGCUUACCGUAAACAUAGUAGCAGUAAUUGUUGCUUUCACUGGAGCUUGCUUUACACAAGAUUCUCCACUAAAAGCUGUUCAGAUGUUGUGGGUGAAUUUAAUUAUGGACACCUUUGCUUCUCUUGCUUUGGCCACUGAACCACCUACUGAAGCGCUUUUACUGAGGAAACCUUACGGGAGAAAUAAACCACUCAUUUCUCGGACCAUGAUGAAAAAUAUUUUGGGCCAAGCUGUUUAUCAACUUACUGUUAUUUUUACACUUUUGUUUUGUGGUGAAAAAAUCUUUAAUAUUGAUAGUGGAAGAAAUGCUCCACUUAAAGCUCCGCCAUCAGAGCACUACACCAUCAUAUUUAAUACUUUUGUUAUGAUGACGCUAUUCAAUGAAAUCAAUGCUCGCAAGAUUCAUGGGGAGAGGAAUGUGUUUGAAGGAAUUUUCAACAAUGUCAUCUUUUGUAGCAUUGUAAUAGGAACAGUUGUUGUACAGGUUAUUAUUGUACAGUUUGGAGGAAAACCUUUCAGUUGCACUGCACUUACGAUAGACCAGUGGCUUUGGUGUAUUUUCAUCGGCAUGGGAACAUUGCUUUGGGGACAGGUCAUUUCCACAAUCCCAACAAGUCGCUUGAAGUUCCUUAAGGAAGCUGGACAUGGCACACAGAAGGAGGAGAUUCCUGAAGAGGAGCUGGCUGAAGAUGUGGAAGAGAUUGAUUAUGGUGAAAGAGAACUACGCCGUGGUCAGAUUUUGUGGUUCAGAGGACUGAACAGAAUUCAGACUCAGAUGGGAUGGUCCUUUCUCUUGUUCUGUCUUUCUCUUGCUGAGCAAGCUGUCACAAUCUCUGAUUCCUUGCAGAUGGAUGUAGUGAAUGCUUUCCAGAGUGGAGGUUCCUUUCAGGGAGCUCUAAGGCGACAAUCCUCGAUCACCAGCCAGCACCAUGAUAUCAGAGUGGUGAAUGCAUUCCGUAGUUCCCUUUAUGAAGGGUUAGAAAAACCAGAGUCUCGGAGUUCAAUUCAUAACUUCAUGACUCAUCCUGAAUUUAGAAUAGAAGACUCUGAGACUAAUAUUCCUCUAAUCGAUGACACUGAUGCUGAAGAUGAUGCGCCAACAAAACGCAGUUGCACUCCGCCACCUUCUCCCAAUAAAAACAAUAAUGCUGUGGACACUGGAGUUCACCUCAAGAUAGAAACCAGUAAAUCUGCUACCUCUUUAUCCCCAGGGAGUCCAUUACAUAGUCUGGAAACAUCUCUCUGAUAAUAAAUAGAAUGUUGGCACAUUAUACUUGCACUGUAAAGAAACGGUGAAACUUUGGACCCGUUACACUGUGUGAUUGACAAGAUGAUCAUCUCGCCUUGGACUUCAGCAGAAGACACACUUGCAAGAAUGUAGAUUGUUUAAGUGUUCUACCAGACUGAGUGAUUUUUUUUCUAAUUUUAAAGAUAAACCAACAACUUGGUAUGAAAGUGAUCUAAUCUAGGAUUUCUGCAUUUCAGGCAAUCCGUUAUAAAAAUGUUAAUAUCUAGAAAAGUGUGUUAAAUGAACAGUUUUCUAGAUGACAUUUUCUUCUGGAUGAUCCAUACUUAAGUUUCUGCUGUUGGCUGUUAAUAAUUUGAAUUAUUUAUAUUCUAAAUGAUGCAGAUCUGUUUACAAAGUUUGUAGAUAUUUUUUUUUGUUGUUUGUUGGCAGAAAGCUUCUUGAAACAUAAUACAAAGGGAAUAAUCCUACAAAUACUGCUGUAUUUUCAGAAAAAGGGGUGUUUCUAUUGAAACUGUACUUAACUUUGCCUGCAUUUUACAAUGUUAAAUAUUGUAGAUAAUUAGCUAGUACUGAUAGCCAAAUAGAUGACACUAAUGCUUUGUAAAAAAAAAAAAAAUGAGCAGUGGUGUUCUAAUUAAAAAAAACAUGGCCUCUGUCCAAAUUGUAUAAUAACUCUAAGCAUACUUUCUAACAGAAUAUUUUAAAUAGGCUCUUCUAGAAAUCAGGUUUUCAGAUCCUGAGAAACAAAAUUUUGAGUGGCAAUACACUUUUUACAAAGUUGAGUAGGGAGGUCUUAUUCAGUGGCUCAUUGCAGGUCAUUAAUAUAUGAAAAAAACUGCUAGUAGAACAUUUGUUAAGUCAGGUAAAUUGGAUUAAAUGAAAAUGCAUCAGCUAUGUAUACCGUAAUGUUUUGUUUUGCUUUUAUUUUUUUAACCCUUAAACUCAAGCUUUGUGUUGUUUUGCUCAUAUGUAAGUGAAACUUAAUUUUAUAGUAUAACUUCAUUUAAUUUGCAGCAUGAGGGCUGUUAAAAAAGCAUUUGGAGGGAGAAAAUAUAUAUAUAUUUUUUUUUACAUUUGUAAACAUGAAUAAAUGUCCCACUUUCUUCUAGAA